AUGACGGGACCCAAAUACCAGAACGUGCCGCAGCGCGACUCGCUCGACGAGGCUGCGCCCGCGCCCUCAUACUCGCAGGCGCCACCUAGCUACCAGGCCGCAGACGCGCAGGAAGCUCUGCUGCACGGAGUGGCGCGGAGUGAGAAUGACAAUGUGCCCGACGACUUCAAGUUUGGUGGCGUCGUGGCAGAGGCUACACUGGAUAUCCGCAUGGCGUUUGUGAGGAAGGUGUACGCCAUCUUAACCGUCCAGCUCCUCGCAACGGCGGCGGUCAGUUUGGUCUCAAUGACAUGGUCUCCAUACAGGACAUGGAUUCAGACGCACCAGUGGCCCAUGUGGGUGUCGCUGUUUGGGUCAUUUGCCUUUCUUGGCCUCACGUUCUGGAAGCGCAAGUCGUAUCCCACCAACCUGCUGUUCCUCGGCGGCUUCACGGCCAUGGAAGCAUACUCGAUUUCGGUCAUUGUGUCGUUUACCGAGUCGCGGAUUGUGCUGCAGGCCGUCUUCUUCACACUGGGCAUAUUUGUAGCGCUCAGCCUGUUUGCGUGCCAGUCCAAGUACGACUUUACGAGCUGGGUGCCGUAUCUAUUUGGGGCGCUCUGGGUGGUGGUGCUGUUUGGAUUCAUGUCGGCCUUCUUCCCGUACAACAGCACGGUGGAGCUGGGGUACGGCGUCGUAUGCGCCCUCAUCUUUUCGGGCUACAUUCUCGUCGACACGCAGAUGAUUAUGCGCCACUACCACGUCGAGGAGGAGAUUGCUGCGGCCAUUUCGCUGUACCUUGACAUUAUCAACCUGUUCCUUGCGAUUCUGAGGAUCCUGAACUCGCAGAACCAGAAUUAG